GUCCUAUCUUUUCGUUUCAUCUAGGACUGAUCAUUUGAGAGGACAAUAAAAAAAGUCCAAAAACCGAAAUCAAAUCGUCUACGUCUGGAGUUUCGUGUCUCUCACCGAGUAGUGAAUUACUGAAGUUAUCCACCAAAACACGUAAUAUCAGCACCUUCUGUUGAUAUAUUCAAAACAAGAUUGGACCUCCACAGUGUAACAAACUGCAAGGAUUAAAAUAGGUCAAUAGACCUCCUAUCCUUAUUACUGAUGACUGAAGACUGAUAUCGAGGAUAGUAGGACGACACAAAGGCGGCUAUUUCAAUUGUCAAGCGUUUAAGGGCUGACAAGAGAAGGUCUUGGACAUUGGCGCUGGUUCUUCCUUUAAUCGUGUGCCCAACCUUUGAAACUUCUAGUGCUGGUAUCACUUUGUUUUCUACUGGGUCUUAGAGACGUCCCGUUGAAGAGCUAGUUAGGAUGGUGUCAGGCCUUCCUCAAAUGGGACUUCUUGCUGGGGUGGAUGAAGAUGAACAAGCACCUCGUGGAAAUAUUUUAAAACUCUGGGGGAACCCACAAACUAUGAACUUGAACACAAUGAUUUAUACGAACAUUGUCCAGUCCCCAUACUUCAAAGCCAAUUUGGUUGAGCUGAAGACGUACCAUGAAGUUAUUGAUGAAAUAUAUUACAAGGUUGAACAUUUAGAGCCAUGGGAACGUGGAAGUCGACGUAUAGGGGUUCAAACAGGUAUGUGUGGUGGAGUGCGUGGAGUGGGUGCUGGUGGUAUCGUGUCAACGGCUUAUUGUCUUUUGUAUAAACUUUUCACUUUAAAGCUUACAAGAAAACAACUCAAAGGCCUCCUUGACCACCCAGAUUCUCCAUACAUACGUGCACUGGGCUUCAUGUACAUAAGAUAUUGCAUUCCCCCUGAAGACUUUUGGUGGUGGUAUUCACCAUAUUGGAGCGAUUCUGAGGAACUAGAUGUGAAGGCGGGAGGUGGUUGCAUAAUGACGAUAGGAAAUAUGUUAGAACAUUGGUUAACUAAACUAGAUUGGUUUUCUACCCUAUUUCCACGUAUUCCUGUUCCGGUUCAAAAGAAACUAGAAGAAAAAAUGCGACUUCGCAAAUGCCAGGCCUUUUUAGAAGUUGAUUCUGCCCAAGAAAAAGAAAGCAAGAGGCUCUCAGAUCGAAAUCGCGAUGGUUCACAUCAUAAGCCAGGUGGGCACUCUCACAGACAUGAAAAACACAGGUAUAUAACUUUGUGACUCAUCAGUGAGACAAGUAUUGGGAAAUCAACUGUUAGCGAGACGAUUUCGGGAAAAGCUGAAACCGUAACCCACCAUUACCAAGUUACUUCAAUGGGAGAUUGGGUUAGUCGAAUUAAUAUCAAUGUUUUAGUAACGUUUUGUUCCAUAAAAUAUGCACAGUAGAAUAUAUUAGUUACCUUGAUAUUUUACUCUUAAGUUGUUAAACUUAGUUGUCAUUGCCGUUUGAGAUCGAAAUAUGUAUUUAACCUUAAUUUCAAAAUAGUUUCGUACAUUUUUUAACCGACAAUUCUUUGCAGCCCAAAUAGACUGACUAAGAUAUUACUUUGUUUCGGAGCAAAUUUAUUGAGUACUUACUGAAAUCAAAAAUUUGUUAUCUACAAAGUAAACAUAAUUGCUCGUUUUACUUGUGUCGUUUGUGAAGGAAUUUAUUUUCGUGUACGUAUUUGUGCUUAUUCAGUGUUAAUUUUCGUCCCCAGGUCUGAUCGUGAGAAGCGCAGACACCAUUCUCGACGGUCUAGAUCUAGAUCACGUGAACGUCGUCAUUCGAAAACCCCAACCGAACGAGAAAGUUCAUUUGAACGAGAUUUAAAGCGUGCACGAGAGAAACAAGAACGUGAUCGACGUAGAAGUCGAAGUUAGAAUAACUGAUUCUUAAUUAUGUGUAUUUAAUGUCCUCAUUUGUAUUUAAUUGAUUGAUAAAAAUCCUUACUUUUAUUUUCAUUGUAUUUGUAUUGACUAAAGACAAUAAAAAUUGUAUCAUAAUUUGUUUGUUGCUGUUAGUAAUUUCACUGACCUACUUUAGUAAUUCCUUUGCACCUACCUUGUGUGGUGUUUAAUUCACGUUAACUGCUAAACAAUUGAUUACUUCGCCACACAUUGUACCGCCAACUUUCUUCGGGGAUUCUAUAGUCCUACCGGUUCAGUUGCUCAUUGUAUCCGAAUUCAGAAUGGACAGCGGAGCUAACUGUUCGAUAAUUUGUUAUGCAUUUAUUAUGCAUGUCCUAUCCAACUCCAACGUCUUCCCUGAUUUGUUCCUCAACUGGAAGCUAGCUUGUUCUCUGCCACAGUUUAUUUUUGCUGAUGGUCUCCAGUCAGUAGAUUUGAAGCAUCUUAAGUAGUUUAUUUAUUUAAACACACAAAUA